CUUCCUCUCUCUCUCUCUCUCUCUCUCUCUAGAAUUUCAGUGCAACUUGAACUGCAAAUCACCACCGGAAUCUUUCACCGGCACCACCGGCAAAUCUUCUCACUGCUCUGCUCCUACCGGCCGUUACACAAUUACAAUAUCUCAAAACCUAAUGCACGAACAACAAUCAAAACCGUUAACGGUUAUUUCAAACCCUAGCUACCUCUUUCAACACUUUAUGGCCAAUUAGCUCAAGCUAUGGGCUGUGUGUUCGGUAAAACAGCAGAUCGCCGGUCAAAGUCAACCGUCCGCCGGUCAAAGUCAACCGUCCGCCGUGACAGAGCGGAGGAAGCUCAAUCUACAACCGCUACUGAUACGAAAACUGGAGAAAACGUAGAGGAGGUUAGAUCGGACGGAGCUAGGGUUGAUAAAACGGUUGAGAAGAGGAUCCGGCAAGCUGUGGUCGCCGGAGAUGCUCGAGCGGCUGAAGGACGGCGGUUGAAGAAGGAGUAUAGUUUGAAUGCUGCUCCGGCGUGGCCGCAGUGGCUUUCUGACGUCGCCGGUGAUGUUAUUAGAGAUUGGACGCCUCGUCGUGCUAAUUCGUUUGAGAAGCUUGAUAAGAUUGGGCAAGGGACAUAUAGCAAUGUAUAUAAGGCUAGGGAUUUGAUCACAGGAAAGAUAGUUGCUUUGAAGAAAGUUAGGGUUGAUACUUUAGAGCCAGAGAAUGUUAAGUUCAUGGCUAGAGAGAUUCUGAUACUGAAAAAGCUUAAUCAUCCCAACGUUAUAAAGCUCGAAGGAUUGGUUACUUCUAGAAUGUCUUCCAGUCUUUACCUCGUGUUUGAAUACAUGGAACAUGAUCUUGCUGGUCUUGCCGCUACACAAGGUGUCAAGUUCACAGAGCCUCAGGUUAAGUGCUUUAUCAAACAGUUACUUUCUGGGCUUGAUCAUUGCCAUAAGAACGGUGUGUUACAUAGAGAUAUCAAGGGGUCUAAUUUGCUGAUUGACAAUGAUGGGAUUCUUAAAAUAGCAGAUUUUGGAUUAGCGUGUUUUUAUGAUCCACAAAAUAGGCAACCGAUGACUAGCCGUGUUGUUACUCUCUGGUACCGACCUCCCGAGCUUCUUCUCGGGGCUACUUAUUAUGGUGUCGGUGUUGACAUGUGGAGUGCUGGUUGCAUUUUGGCUGAGCUUCUUGCUGGGAAACCGAUAAUGCCAGGUCGCACAGAGGUUGAACAACUACACAAGAUAUUUAAAUUAUGUGGUUCGCCAUCAGAGGAAUAUUGGAAGAAGUACCGUUUGCCCAACACCACUUUGUUUAAGCCACGUCAGCCGUACAAGAGAUGCACAAAAGAAACUUUUAAGGAUUUUCCAACUUCUUCUCUUCCUUUAUUAGAGAGUCUUCUCGCAAUCGAUCCUGAUGAACGCGUAUCUGCUGCUGCAUCUCUCAGCAGCGAUUUCUUCUCCACUGAACCUUAUGCUUGUGAGCCGUCAGAAUUACCAAAAUACCCUCCAAGUAAAGAAUUGGAUGUAAAAUUGCGGGAUGAGGAAGCUAGAAGGCAAAGAGGUCUAAGUGCAAAAUCGCAAGCAGGUGACGGAAAUAAAAAACCAAGAACCCGUGAACGUGCGGGCCGGGCAAUUCCGGCUCCAGAGGCAAAUGCAGAGAUCCAAUCCAACGUAGAUAGAUGGAGAGGUGUAAAUCAAUCAGAUACCAAAAGCAAGAGCGAAAAAUUCCCGCCACCUCAUCGGGAUGCAGCUGUCGGGCAUCCUCUUGACAUGUCACACAAUGGCAGGCCGGUUUCUUUCGGUACAGAUGAUGGCACAUCAUUUAGCUCAUCAGUUUUUGACUCAAAAUCUUCCAAAUCAGUCAAAGAACCCGGGACCAUGGACGGGCUGUCAACAAGAAAGCAUAAGAGGGCCCGUUCACAAACGUCUUCUCGUAAGUUCAUACGGGCCUUUUUACCAUCCACCAUUAGUCUAAAUAUGGAUCUAAGAUUCAAAAGUAAAGAAGCAGUUUUUCGCAACAGAAGGUAGAUAAAUCAUAAAUGUAUUUUAAUUUUGAAGUU